UUCGAAUUCGGUUCACAGUAUCACAUGACAAUGGAGCCUCAAACCGUUUUCUGUACACCAAACGAUGACGGCGGCAUUAACUUUCACGUUUCAUCACAAUGGUUGGAUUUGGCCCAUGUUGCGGUUUCGCGUUGCCUAAAAAUGCCGCAAAGUAAAAUCAUCGCGAGUUUUAAGCGAGUUGGUGGUGGUUACGGUGCAAAACUUUCGCGCACAUCUCAUGUCGGUUGUGCCUGUGCACUGGCCUGUCAUUUAUUACGUUUGCCCGUACGAUUCGUAAUGAGCAUCGAAUCAAAUAUGACCGUCAUGGGCAAGCGUUAUGGCUGUGCCGUCGAAUAUGAUGCAACAGUUGAUUCAGCAACGGGCCGUCUGAUUGAGUUUGCACCUUCAAUCAUCUCGGAUUUCGGUUGCUCUCUAAACGAUGAUGCAACGCCAAAUCUGAUGGAAUCUAUAAAUAUGUCAUGUUAUUCUCACGCAAUGGAAUGGAAAGUUAAAGUGAAUCGUUUGGAAACAGAUGCAUCAUCCUCAACAUUGGCUCGAGCGCCUGGCUCAACGGAAUCGAUUGCAAUUCAAGAGAAUCUAAUGGAACAUAUUGCACGAGAGGUUAACUUGGAUCCGGCUCAAGUGAGAAUAAACAAUUUUCACAACAAUGGUCCACUGCCUAAAAUAUUCCCAAAAUUCCUUAAAGACAUCGAUUAUUACGACCGUCGAGCCGAAAUCGCUGAAUUCAAUCAGCAGAAUCGUUGGCGCAAACGGGGAAUCGGUGUGGCGGUCAUGACAUUUCCAGCGUCGUAUAUAGUCCCAUUAUCCGCAUAUAUUGCCAUUUACCAUGGCGAUGGUACGGUGGCAAUUUCACACAGUGGCGUGGAAAUUGGACAAGGCAUAAAUACAAAAGUCACUCAAGUGGUUGCCCAUGUUCUUGGAGUUCCAUUGGAUUUGAUCACAGUAACGCCUCACAGCUCAAUCAUAGUGGCCAAUAACACAUUCACCGCUGCCAGCAUAACAAGUGAAUCGGUUUGCAUGGCUGCGAAAAUGGCAUGCGAACGUAUUUUAGAACGGUUGAAACCAGUUCGGGAGAAGAAACCGAAUGCUCCAUGGCUUGAGAUCGUUCAUGACGCUUGGGCACAAUCAAUUGAAUUAACCGAAAAACAAACGUUCGAAAACAGUACCGCAAAAGCUUACAACAUUAUUGGUUGUGCAUGUGCCGAGCUUGAAGUGGAUGUGUUGACGGGGAACUUACAAAUUUCGCGAGUUGAUAUUCAUGAAGACACCGGCAAAAGUAUGAGUCCAUUGGUUGAUGUUGGUCAAAUCGAGGGUGCAUUUAUGAUGGGUGUCGGCUAUUGGUUGACCGAAAAAUUGGAAUAUGAUCAGCGUACAGGUGAAUUGGUGACCAAUCGAACGUGGACAUACAAAGUGCCUGGUGCCAAAGACAUUCCGAUUGAUUUCCGCAUAAAAUUCCUGCAAAAUGUCAACAAUGAUGGGAUUUUAAGAUCCAAAGCUACUGGAGAACCGGCACUUACGCUAUCAGUGGUUACCAUGUUUGCUCUGCGACAUGCCAUUGAUGCAAUGCGAGAGGACAGUGGCAACAGUAAUAAGUGGUAUCGCUUGGGAUCGGGAAAUACACCUGAUGUUGUAUUCACCACCGCCGAGGUAAACAUUGAUGACUUUAAACUAAGCUGAUCUUCAACAUAUUUCUAUGAUUAUUGACUGGAAACUGGAAUUAAAAGAAUACACUAAAUAAAAUGGACAACCUUUUUUAUAUUUUUACUUACCUAACUAAUUGAAAGAACACUGAUUUAUCAUUUCCAUCAAGAACUAAAGAAUGAAGCGUUUUUCAAUGAAACAGCUGAUUGUUUUCAAAAUAAAUUAAUGUAAUGGUUAUCUAAAUCCAAA